AGUGGAUUAGACCAUCACUCCAAACUGCAUGGCUUUGCUUCAGAACUGCCAACUCUCCCCUGUUCAUCCCAGUGCAAAUCAUCAGCACAAGGUCUCUACAAGGGAUACCUUCGGCACCACAAGUCACCACUGUCCUGACUUCUUACCACCAUCCCAUCUAACCCCAAGGCAUUCUCCUGUUCUCACCUCUCGACAAAGCUGGGCAGAAUGACACUCCUAUGUGUGGGGUAUGUCAAGUUGGGUCCAUGAGGAGCAGGACAGAAAUCCCUCAAGCAUCAAAAGGCAGAAUCAUGACAAGCAACUUUUCCCAAGCAACCCUGCAGCUCUGCUAUGAGAAUGUGAAUGCUUCCUGCAUUAAAACCCCCUAUUCACCAGGGCUCCGGGUCCUCCUGUACAUGGUCUUUGGCUUUGGGACUGUGCUGGCAGUGUGUGGGAACCUCCUGGUGGUGAUUUCAGUCCUCCAUUUCAAGCAGCUGCACUCUCCUGCCAAUUUCCUCAUCGCCUCCCUGGCCAGCGCUGACUUCUUGGUGGGCAUCUCUGUGAUGCCCUUCAGCAUGGUCAGGUCCAUCGAGAGCUGCUGGUACUUUGGAGACACAUUUUGUAGCCUUCACAGCUGCUGUGAUGUGGCUUUUUGUUACUCUUCUGCUCUCCACCUCUGUUUCAUCUCUGUGGACAGGUACAUCGCUGUCACGGACCCUCUGGUCUAUCCCACCAAGUUCACAGUGUCUGUGUCUGGAAUUUGCAUCAGCAUCUCCUGGAUUCUGCCCCUUGUGUACAGCAGUGCAGUGUUCUACACAGGCAUCAGUGCUAUGGGGAUUGAAAACUUAGUAAGUGCUCUCAACUGUGUAGGGGGCUGCCAAGUUGUGGUCAAUCAAGACUGGGUUUUGAUAAGUUUUCUCUUAUUCUUCAUACCUACCCUUGUUAUGAUCAUCCUCUACAGCAAAAUAUUUUUAGUAGCCAAACAGCAAGCUGUGAAAAUUGAAACUUCUGUAAGUGGAAGCAAAGGAGAAUCGUCCUUAGAGAGUCACAAAGCCAGGGUGGCCAAGAGAGAGAGGAAGGCUGCCAAAACCUUGGGGGUCACUGUCCUGGCAUUUAUUGUCUCAUGGCUCCCAUACACAAUUGACACCUUGAUUGAUGCUUUUAUGGGCUUCAUCACCCCUGCCUAUGUCUAUGAAUUUUGUUGCUGGAGCGCCUACUAUAACUCAGCCAUGAACCCUUUGAUUUAUGCUUUCUUUUACCCUUGGUUUAGGAAAGCCAUGAAGCUCAUUUUAAGUGGGAAAAUUUUGAAGGGUCAUUCAUCAACUACAAGUUUGUUUUCAGAAUAAGCACUAAUACAAAAUUCAGAAAAUAAACGAAACUAUGAAAUGGUGACAGAAUUAAUUGUAAGGAAUCGCCCAUCUGAAACUACAAAAGUAUAGCAUUUUUUUUUUAAAAAAAAUUACGCAGGAGGAAAGUCAUGCCAUAGUUAAACCAUUAAAGUGUCAUUGAGAUGUUUAUUGUACUACAAGACAAACCAAUG